AUGGCACCGCCGCCCGAGAUCGCCAUCCCGUCCACGAGCGUCUCCGACGAAGGCUCCAAGAAGCCGUAUACCCUCUACAACAUCACCCUCCGACUUCCUCUACGCUCCUUCGUCGUCCAGAAGCGAUACUCCGACUUUGCCACCCUCAACCAGACCCUCGUGCAGGAGGUUGGCGCCGCGCCUCCAGAGCCUCUGCCCGGAAAGCACUGGCUCAAGUCGACCGUCAACUCGCUGGAGUUGACACGGGAACGUCAGGAUGGAUUGGAAAAGUACCUGCGCGCGAUUGCCGAGUCGCCCGAUCGACGGUGGCGCGAUACUUCGGCGUGGAGAGCUUUCCUGAACCUGCCGAGCUCGAGCACAACGAACUCCUCGGUGUCGGCGGCGGGAAGAGUCAAGAGUGCCGCAGCAGGCGCGGCAGAUCCUGGAACAUGGCUGGAUAUUCACAGGGAUCUGAAGCAGAACCUUCAUGAGGCGCGGCAAUGUCUAUCAAGGCGGGACGCGGCUGUGGACAAUGGCAACUCAACGGCUGCAGCGGAAGCUGGCGCAGCAGCCAAGAGGGUCCUCGUGAGGAGUGGUACGCUUAUCGCGACACUGGCAGACGGACUACGGAGGAUACAAGAGUCGGGUCGGCUGGGCGAGGGCGAACUGCGACGCCGACGCGAUCUGGUGUCCCAGGCACGGAUGGAGCGGGAGGGUCUUGAUAGGCUCUCCAACAGCAUGCCCAGCUCUACGUCUGCUUCAGGACUCGGUGGAUCUAGUCAGGGCCAGGCAUCGACAGCCGACAAAGCCGGGCUUCUCAAGGGAGGUCGACCCAGCGGCCGGGUUCUCGGAGCCCCUCUGCCCGAGACGGACAAGACCCGCGAGCUGGACAACCAAGGAGUACUACAACUACAGAAGGAAGAGAUGGAGAACCAGGAUCUCGCGGUUGAUCAACUCACGACUAUUAUCCGACGACAGAAGGAGAUGGGACUUCAGAUCUACGACGAGGUGGAACGGCAGACAGAGAUGCUGGACAAGCUGGACGAGGACGCGGGACGGGUGCAGGCCAAGGUCAAGGUGGCCAACAACCGCAUCAAGAAGAUGUGA